CCGACGCCGAACGAGCCAACAGUCAGUCGAGCUCCGACGCGCCUUGCAAGAGCAGCUCUGUUCUCUUGCGCUCCUAGCUCAGUCAGUCAGCAGCUAGCACACGCGAGUGCAAAGUCUCUUGCGCGCUGUGUCUCUCAACAGUGAACUUGUGAUACAUAUUUGUCAUUUACUCGACAACAUGGUGACCGGGGUUCAAGCCACCAUGCCCACCGGUGCUGUUACGGUUGGUGCUUCGCCACCGCCGCAGCACGUGCCACAAGAGGCUGUACAACCAGCAGCCGCACAAACUACCACCUCGGUGACCACUGCUACGCCGACACCAAGGCGAUCCAGUGAAAACCGACGGAGCAACAAGCCAAUCAUGGAAAAAAGACGUCGCGCUCGCAUCAAUAACUGUCUGAAUGAUCUGAAGACGCUGAUUCUCGACGCAAUGAAAAAAGACCCAGCCAGACACUCGAAGCUGGAAAAGGCCGACAUCCUGGAAAUGACAGUGAAACACUUGGAGAGCGUGCAGCGUCAACAGGUAGCCUUAGCCGCGGCAGCUGAUCCGACCGUGAUGAACAAAUUCCGCGCUGGAUUCAGCGAGUGCGCCAGCGAGGUCGGCAAGUUCCCCGGGCUCGAAGCCACAGUGAAACGUCGCCUGCUAUCCCAUCUGGCUUCGUGCCUGCAGAGCAGCACGACCGACGGCAGCAGCGCAACGGCCCAAAGUCAAUCAGUGCAAUCGGCUCAGACAACGACCACUCAACUUCAAGUGCACAUUCUUCCGCAAGUCGACACCACGUCGACCAUCCAAGUGCAACAGUCCAACGGCAUCCUGUACAUGAACGCCAACGGCACGGCCCUCCAACUGGUGCCCACGAGACUACCCAACGGGAACAUCGCCCUCGUCGCCGCCAACCCCAAAAACACAUCGGCGAGCCCGGCCUCGUCGCCCGCCACUUCGCCCGCGCCGUCGUCGCCGAUGCCAUCGCUCAUCCCGAUCCCACAGAGGACAGCGAGCACCGCCUCCGCCUCGUCGUCCACGUCGUCGGCAAGCUCGACGUCCACCUCGGCCGGCAGCCCGGUCGCCUUCGAGGCACCGCCCUCGCCGGUGUCGUACACCCGCGACGUCGCCACUUCGCCCGCUACCACCGGCUACACCAGUGACCCGGAGUACAACGACCCGCGCUCCUACAGUCCGCCCCUUCAGGCUCCGCUCAGCCUCGUCAUGAGAAGGAAAAGUGUGAUCCGCGAGAGCCGCGAGGAGAAGUGCUGGCGACCUUGGUAAAUAAUCUUGACCCCGCAACGUCGAGAUUUGCCGCCGAGGCAGGCGGAGGAAAGAUGCUGUGAUCGCUCGUGCGCCUGGCGGCGAGUUCAAUUAACCCGUGAUUCAAGAGCCGGAGAGAGAUUAUGUGACAUAGAAGACGUUGUUCCUUUCGUUGACUUUAUUCAUAGAGUGUAUUAAGCGAAGCGUUAUGCGAAGUGGAAUAUUGCGGAGUGGCGCGAGAUGUAAUAAUUGAGCAGUGUGCGAGUCCGCGGUAUACGAAUGAACGGUCGAGCCUUAAUUUUUCAGUGCCUCUUUGUACGUAGAGAGAACAAUUGUGCAAACGCGGACUCGAGCAGGGAAAGACUUUCAGCUUUCCCUAGUAUAGCUUAAGAGACGAUGGUUUUGUACAACAGCGGCGACCCACGUUGAUACAUCCUCUCUGGCGAACGUGAUAUUCCGAUGUAAACGACGAUAUGGUUUACUCAUUUUUAUUUUUGUUUAUGUAAACUUCGCGCGCCCGAGCGCUCGAUCUUCGUUCAAUUUUCCACGACGCGCCCUAUUUACUUUUCGUGUACAUAUAUCAUUAUGUAAAUAUCUAAGUUUAUUUUUUAUUAAUUUUAUUAAGUGCCUUACGCAACAAGAAUCACUGACGUCUUCCAAUUCUGUUUUUCUUGAACGUAAUGUACAACUUCCGACUGAGGCGCGAGAUUUCCCUCUUUCUUUUGUAAUUUACUUCGAUGCGAAAAUUCAAUCAAAAUUCGUCGAUCUUGGUUAUAAAUCGUAUUAAUUUACUUUGAGAAUGUGUUUGCAUGAUGAGCGAUGUGUGAUGAUAAAUCGAGAAUACUAUUUAUAUUUAUGAAUGCAGAGAUGAAAAAAUUUGUAUUACCUAUCUAUUGACAAAAAUAGAAAACCACGCUUAUUACGAUAUAAGAGUAUCAAAAUAAAUAUUGAUCUCUAAACCUUACAUACUAACU